AUGUUUUCAACUUUCUCCCCCUUCGCUACUAAGGUGAAGAACCUCGACGAUUCUUCUAUGGCGCAGUUCAACACGAAAGGAUCCUUUCAAUUACCUCGAGCGUUGAAAAAGGUAAUGAGCGGCCUCGGCAGAUGGAAAAAGUCAUUAGUAGCGUAUAUCUCACGUCGACGCGUAUACUGGGCGAUAACUGUGUGGGGAGUUACCUUUAUAAUCCUUGUCACAUUAGGGUUUGGCCUCGGUUUCGGCCCGGCGGGUGUAAUAGCAGGCUCCCUUGCCGCUGCUUUCCAAUCGGCGAUGUAUGGUGGAUUUACGCCGGCCGGAGGGCUCUUCGCAGCGCUGACGAGUCUUGCAAUGCUGGGCACCUUUGCCCCCGCCCUGGUAGGAUCUGCGGCAGCUCUUGCUCUGAUCCUAGCAGUGGUUACUUUCUUCCUUGUUGAAGACUGA